GGGAGGGUGAGAUUUUUUCGACUUCUGUGACUGCCAGCCAGUCUUUACAAUUGAUGAGUAACAACAGGUUUGACAAGCUGCCGAACACCAAAUCAGCAUUUAUUUCCAUUAAACAUUACCUCAUUGACCGCAACAUUCCGCAUACACCACUUACGUGACCGUGGCUCCAAUGCACAUUUUUAAACGUCAUGUUGAAAAUGAUCUGGGUGAAAGCAUUCCGCCGUUUGAACUUCUGGAACCGCCAUCACCUUUGACAACUGUAAGAUACACGGAACAGGACUAUCGGAACCUCUUAAAUCAAGUAGAAGGAUCCAGUAUAGUGCCGACGUCGGAUGGUUUGCAGAACACGGCUGCGAAGAACGGUAAAAAUGGCAUCGUAGAUAUCGCAUCAUGGAUCCAUGGGCGAGCGUCAAUUUCCGACUUGCAAUUAUUCAAUCUUUUCACGGGCCAGCCUAUACCGACGCCCAAUUCAUAUGUCGACCCUUGCACUAUGCCAUUUGUAAAUUUCACUCAGCUUUCGGAGCACUCGGUGCAUCAUAGUUAUGGACCAGUUACCAAUACAGACAAACCACUAACACCCAAGAACCCCGACGGACUAAACUUUGCCAGCCGACACGCGGCAACUUCAGUUAUGGUUACAGACGAUGCUGUCCCUGACGAUCAUUAUGACGUGACUUCAUCGUCCACCGACCACAGUCUUGUUACAUCCACCAACAAUCCAUCACCGAUUGCCCCCCGAAUAACUUUGGAUAUCGCAAAUUUGGCUAGCACGCCACCUAAUAGCGUCAUUCAUAACACCUAUGGCGAUCAUACAAUAGAACCGGUGGAGGAGAUGGAAGACGUGAUAGGUGAAAUUCUUGAAGAGGCACCUCGUUUUGUCGCUCCAGUUCGCCAUAAGCCAAACCACGAAUCUGUUGCUUUUAGCGCAAUCGAUAAUGAAUAUAAUAUGCAAACUACGGAGACUCCUUCGGGCCCGGAUGAUGAGAAGGCGACAACACAAGUUUUGGACAAGUUAAAAAACUUGAGAGACAUAGUACGAUCUAUAUCUGAAGAUGGAGAGGAUGAUGUUUCCGAUAUUGCGACGCAUAUGGAUGUUGACAAGCUACCCGAGCCUGUCAAUUCAAGCGAGCCCACGAAUGAUAAUGGCAAACAAAAGACAUUGCACACUGCCAUGAACAGUGACGAAGCAAACGUACAAGAGCCCGAAAACUCAACUGUACAUAUAGAGCAGGACAAGGCGGAUAAAACAGCAUGUAAAAGCGUUUUGGUAGACCACCAUAAGUUGCAAGUGGCGACAAAAGUACCAGCGGAUACAGCCAUGUCUGCCGAUGCAAGUAACACGCAAGAGCCUGCCACAAAUGACCCGUACAACUCGCAGCAGCCGAUGGUUUCUGAGGAACGGAUACCUAAGGGCAAGCAGCUUGAUUCAGCGACUGCAAGUGAAAUCAACGUUGAACACCGUACAUUGGAAAGUACACAACUUGUUGAAAACGCGAUCCGUCAACAGACAUCCUUACAUACCCACCCCACAAAGUCGAUUGAUAUUGUCACAUCCGAUAACCAUCCAGUCAUGGUUGAUGAUGAUCUCAUUAAUGAAAGGCUGUCUAGUGUGGAAUAUACCCCCGAAAACACAACCGAAUCAACCACUGAAUGCACAAAAUGGCUAUACCGUUCAACAGACAUAGAAGUUCUUGAACCUAUUACUAUUAAUCCCAUGGAGAAGGAAAAGGGACAUAUAUACCCAAAACAAAUAUGCCUUGACCCUCAGCACAUCUAUGUAGUGCGACCCAAUGCAUGGAGGCUCUGGGAGGACCAGAGUGAACCUAGUAACAGUGACAUGCAGGCUAUUAAUGAACGUAUACCUGUUAGAAAGACUCAAAACGCCAUUACAGACGAGGAGUAUAGCCUUAGGUUGAAAUUGCUCAAGACGGACUAUAAGACGAAACAGGCUUCAAUUGACGAAGAGGAGAGAGAAGCGAUGGAAAAAAUUCAACUUGAAAUCGAUAACAAACGCGACGCAAUGAUGGAAGCUUAUGAGCGAGAGAUACAGCUUUUACAAUCUGCAUGGGAAGCUCGUAGUGAUCAUAUUGGGUGACUGCACAGUCAUCCCCAAGCUGACUCCUCGAGGAUUGAAAAAUUAGCAGUGCUUAUUAGAGGUCGUUUUCUACUUGUUGUAGUUCACAUUUGUACAUA